AUGGACAAUUCCGGUCCGUUGUCGACUGAGGAGUAUUACAGUUUAAAGCGGCUAGCGAGACUUCGAUAUAGAUUGAAAUAUGAGCCACGAAGGAUCAUUGAUUUGAGUUUGAUAUUCAUAAGUAUCUUCAUUGAAUGGUUAGGCAAUACUCUGUUGGCCCCCAUUACUCCAUGGUACAUCGAUAAGCUAGCAUCAGGCAUGGACGAGGGUGCAGCAGCGUCUAUUCUUAUGGCUUCCUAUGCAGUAGGGACAUUCUUAUCAUCUCUCUUCACUGGACCUUUAUCAGAUAGGUAUGGUAGGCGUCCAGUGUUCAUACUGGCUAUGUUUCUCUAUACUAUAUCCUAUUUCCUUGUAGCCAAUGCGUGGAAUAUAGCUAGUUUUGCUGGUUUCCGUGCUAUCGGUGGAGUUUCUGCCGGUACACGGCCAGUUUUGUAUGCCUUCAUUACAGACAGUAGUCGUGUCGAAGACAUGAGGUUCUACGGUUCUUGUAUAUCAAUCUGCAAUACUGUUGGUGGAGCACUGGGCCCUACGAUAGGUGGUUGGUUGGCAAGUGUUGGUAUAUCAUUUCCUUUUUACUUUAUGGGUGUACUCGCGGCCAUACUCUUCCUCCUCCAGCUCUUCUUCCUACGUGAGACCAAGCCAAGGGAGGACAAGCCCGAAUGGCUCAAGUGGGAGUAUUAUGAGUGUUGGAAGCAUCAACAUCAACAACAGCAAGGACGGGAUCAGGCCAAUGACGUCAGCAGUUCGGAUAACCUGCCGCCGCCGUUGCCGCCCUCUGGCUCUAUUGAUGCUCCACCGAAGGGUAUGUCCCCAAUGGAUGAAGCUAAGGAUAUGGGUCUUGGGGCAUGGUCGAAGAAGAACAAAUGGUUUAUAACUACUCUUGUAUGCUUGUGCUUGGCAGCAUUCGCUGGACAGUACGCUGGUAAUUCAUGGGCCACAGUAUUUGGUGUACUUGGAGCAGAUAGAUAUGACCUUACUGAACAACAGAACGGUGAAGCUAUGGGAAUUCAAGCUCUUGUCGUCAUCAUUUGCACUAUACUAUAUAUGUAUAUAUCCAAUAAGAUUAAGCCAGGUUUGGUAGCAGCCUUCGGCUUCUGUCUGGUAGUCUUAGCUGUGAUAGUGCCAUUUAUAUACUCAAUAUGGGGUACCAUUAUAAUAGGAAUGUGUGUAUAUGUCGGAAUCACAUUCUUUUUCGCGGGUAUGGCCUAUUGCAGUGCGUUGAUAUCGCCUCCAAAGAGUAGAGGCCUUAUCAACUCGAUAACUAUGGGUGUAACCAACGUUGGUAAGCCGAUAAGUGAUGGAGGUCCUUGUUGUCUUCUUAUCCCACCUCCCAUUCAUAGGUGGUGUGCUGGGCCCUCUAGUAGGAGGUCAACUAUAUGAUGUUGAUGUUGCUGAUCCCUAUUAUGUCAUAUGUGGAUUGGGUAUUCUCGGUAUAGUCUCAAGUCUAGUAGUCAAUGCUGGAUGCACAUAUACAGAGAUGUUAUUGACCUCUCCUCACCUGGCCAGCCCCCCUACAACACCAGAAGCAUCAUAAUGAUGAUGAUGAUGAUGGUCAUCAUCACAUUCAAAGGGUCGUUGUAUCCUUGAAGUUCUUCUAUCCAUAUGGUUGUCAACCAUUGUCUUUAUUUUAUAGCCUAUAGGCAUAUAUCAUCACUUUAUAAACUAGCAACACCAUAGCCCUGUGAUGUUAGAGCUGUUGUUAAAUCCUUAUCACCAUAAUACCGCUCCGUACUAUCUUUACGGAUAUCGUUCCUAUUCGAGGACUCGUUGAGGUCCGAUAAGCUCAUCGUACCAUGGUCACUGCGAUUGCACUCUUUAUCUGCUUGUCCUCAAGUCAUCCGCAUAAAACUCGAGUUGUUCCUCGCAGCGUUUCUAUGUGCU